AUGUCAUCCAAGCCAACAACGCACCCCAGAGUGUAUGAAACCAUACCCAAUCCUUACCCACCAAGUAACUCUAUGGCUCCUGGGUCUCAACAACCUCUGAGUUUCAUAAACCCGGGAAACCAAGCUCAGAGUGGUCAGCCUCCCUUCACUACUUCUCCAGGAAUCUACACUAACGGUCAGCAGGGUCAAGGAAAUAUACUAAAGGUAAAUCCAGCUAUAGUACCAGCAACCUCAAAAUUUAAAGAAGAAGGAAAGACAUUAGGGGCAAUCCAGAUCGUGAUUGGAUUGAUGCACAUCGGUUUCGGAAUUAUUUUGGGUUUAAUAUGCCUCACUUAUAAAAAUGUCAUUUUUGGGGCCUUUGCGUCCCUUGCUUUUAUCGGCGGAUAUCCGUUCUGGCGCGGCGUCUCUUUCAUUAUUACUGGCGCUCUCUCCGUAUCAGCAUCCAAGCAAUUUUCCCCUGGCCUGAUAAAAGGCAGCCUAGGAAUGAAUCUUGUUAGUGCUAUCUUUGCCUUAUUUGGACUGAUUCUGCUGCUGAUAGAUGUGAACAUCAAUGGGAUACCCAACCAAAACUACCGGGCGUUGGUUUUUGGGACCGGAAUUUGAGGCAUGCUGAUUAUCUUCUCUCUCUUGGAGUUCUGCAUAGCUUGUACCACAGCAUUUUUUGCCAGCCACGCAAUCAUCAACACCAGCUGGUCUGUCCUGGCUAUUCCAAAUGUGUAUGCAACCAGUCCCUUGCCACCAUGGUCUUCCUCAGCUCCUCCCAGGAUUGACGGCCACUCAGCUAAUGCCACUAACUAUUAAAAGAAAAAGGAGCAUUAUCCAGUCUCAUGGGGUGAAACUACUCUGCAGAAACUUCUUGAGAAGCUGGC